GAGCCGAACAAAAGCAGGCGGCGAGGGCCGGAGCGGUGCGCGCAGGCCCGGCGUAGGGGGGGCCCAGCCAGCCCCGAGCGCGGCCCCAGGGUGGGGGAAAGUUUGGAGCCCUCCCCCGGUUGCGCGGGGGCUUCGCCGCGCUCCGGCCGCGGCAGCUCCGGAGCUGCCAUCGCGGGCGGCCGCCCCGCCGCGGCCACCGCUGCUGCCACCGCCGCCUCCUCCUCCCCCUCCCGGGCGCAGCCCCUGCCCCCGGCCCGCCCGUUGCCUCCCCGGCGCGGGGCUGAGCUGCCCUGCUUUUGGAGUCGCCGCCGUUUUCCCCUCCUUUCCCCGGAACCCCCUCCCUCCCUCCUCCUUCCCUCCCUCCCUCCCUCCUCCUCCUCCUCCUCCUCCUCCAGCAGCCAAAGGGAUUUUUUUUCCCUUUCUUUUUUCUCUUUUUUUUUUUUUUUUUUUCUCUCCCCCCUCCUUCAUUUUUUUCUCCUCCUCCUCUUCCUCCUCGCCGCGGAGCCGAGCGCCAGCGUGAAGGAUAAAUAAAAAGCGAAGAGGAAGAGGCUGGGGAGGAGGAGGAGGAGGAGGAAGGGGGGGAGGAAAGAAGAAAAAGAAAGCGAGCAAGAAAAGAAAGCGAGGAGCCAGGCGGCCAGCCCAGCCGCGCCGCUCCCGGCAGCCAGGGCAGGAGGCGGUGGCGGAGUGGGGCCGGCGGCCGGCGAUGGAUGACCAGCCGCGGCUGAUGCACACGCACAGCGGGGUGGGGAUGCCGGGGCACCCGGGCCUGUCCCAGCACAUGCAGGAUGGACCAGGCGGGGCGGAGGGGGAGGCAGGCAGGAAGCAGGACAUCGGAGACAUCUUACAGCAGAUCAUGACCAUCACGGACCAGAGUUUGGACGAGGCGCAGGCCAGGAAACAUGCUUUAAACUGCCACAGGAUGAAGCCAGCGCUUUUUAAUGUCUUGUGUGAAAUCAAAGAAAAAACAGUGCUGAGCAUCCGGGGAGCGCAGGAAGAGGAGCCCACGGACCCCCAGCUGAUGAGGUUAGACAACAUGCUGCUGGCCGAGGGGGUGGCAGGCCCCGAAAAAGGAGGUGGAUCGGCCGCCGCUGCCGCCGCCGCUGCCGCAUCAGGGGGAGCCGGCUCCGACAACUCGGUGGAGCACUCUGACUACAGAGCCAAACUCUCCCAGAUCCGACAGAUCUACCACACGGAGCUGGAGAAGUAUGAGCAGGCAUGCAACGAAUUCACCACCCACGUGAUGAACCUACUGCGUGAGCAGAGCCGGACCCGACCCAUUUCGCCGAAGGAGAUUGAGCGGAUGGUGAGCAUCAUCCACCGCAAGUUCAGCUCCAUCCAGAUGCAGCUGAAGCAGAGCACGUGUGAAGCCGUCAUGAUCUUGCGCUCCCGAUUUCUGGACGCACGGCGGAAGAGACGGAACUUCAACAAGCAGGCUACGGAAAUCCUGAAUGAGUAUUUCUAUUCCCAUCUCAGCAACCCUUACCCCAGUGAGGAAGCCAAAGAAGAGCUAGCCAAGAAAUGCGGCAUCACAGUCUCACAGGUAUCAAACUGGUUUGGAAAUAAGAGAAUCCGGUACAAGAAGAACAUAGGUAAAUUUCAAGAGGAAGCCAAUAUUUAUGCUGCCAAAACGGCUGUCACGGCUACCAAUGUGUCAGCCCAUGGAAGCCAGGCUAACUCACCCUCAACUCCCAAUUCAGCUGGUGGAUACCCUUCGCCAUGUUAUCAGCCAGACAGGAGGAUACAGUGACGGACUCGCGGCAAGUCAGAUGUAUAGUCCGCAGGGCAUCAGUGCUAAUGGAGGUUGGCAAGACGCUACUACCCCAUCGUCGGUGACCUCCCCCACAGAAGGCCCUGGCAGCGUUCACUCUGAUACCUCCAACUGAUCUCCCAGCAAAUUGCAUCCCUGGCUGAGCCAGCCCCGGCGGGGGCGGGAGGGGAAGGGGCCUCUCCUAACACCGCAGCAGUCAGACUGGAGGUGAACCCAAUCAGCACACACAAGAAGACUCCUUCUCUUCUCUUCUCUUCGUCGGGAUGCUUUUUUCAGCCAAUCUGGACACUUCUUUAUACUCUCUUCCCUUUCUUUUCUGGGUAGAAGCCACUCUUCCCCCUCCUCACCACCGCCACAACACCACUCCCUCCCCCUCACCCUUUCACUCCGAAGGAUAUGUCAACAGGUAGAAGGAUUUUAAGGAGGAAAAACAAAAAUCCACCACACAAACCAACCCCAGACCAGUGUACAGCCUCACACUCGGUGUCUUUCUGAGGAGCCACGAACAUCCCUCAGUCACGUCUCACUCCCUCACUGGCAGGCAGCCCCUUCACCCCCCUCUCUCGUGCUACCUCUCCAUAGGAAUCGCCACCGCAGGCCUGCUGCCACCUUAUCUCUGCUGGCCCCCAGCAUUGCCUCCCGUGCCCAGCCCUGCCUCGGUGAGCUGUCCCUCAGGCACCGCGGUGACAGGGCAGGUGGGCACAGCCCCUGUGCACGUAGAAGGAGCCAGUGUGCUCCCCUUCAUUUCCAGUAGGUGCCACACAUCCCACUGGCUGCUGUGAGCUGGAUGAGCCAGGAAAGGAGGCAGAAACAGGUGAGAAAUGGCCAUCGCUGAUAACAAAUUGCUGAGCACCUCUGUGGAAGUGUGCGGGAUCAGGCAUGGAUAGUCGAUGCAGUUUUCCCACAGCACCUAGGGCUGGUGGUGGACUUUUCCUGGUGAGGAGAGUGUCACAGGGUGCUGACUCAUGUUUCCAGGAGUGUGCCACAGUGUGGGAGAGGAGGAAAUGGGUUCCCCAGUGUGGGCAGGACCUGCAGAGGUUCGUGCCACCCUUUGCAUUCCCAAAGCCCUGCCAAGCUGGCAGUGAGGGACAGGCAGCAGGAUCCCAGAGGCUGUAUGUGGUGGGCUGAGCAUGUUGGAUGCUUUUGGUUACAGUGCCACAGGUUUGCUUGAGGGUGAAGCCCUCAAGGAUGAGUGGAUGCCUCCCUUGGGGAUGUCUUUCUGCUGUGAAAGGGCUGGUUUUAUCCCAAGAGUUACUCUGAACAGUGACCACAGGAGAAACUAUGGGAUUUUCUGCCCAGCUUUUCUGAUCCACUAUUUGGACAGGCAAUGAUGGCUGGUAAUCAAGGCUUCAUCCUGCUGAAACGCCCCUUCAGGUGGUUGAUGCUUGGGAGGACAUGGCUUUCAUGGAAAAGCAGGGAGAGGCAGCACCAGUUUCCCUGGGCUAAGCUCUGUGCCAGGGUGGUACUUUUGGCCGUUGGUUCUUCCAGCGGGCACAAGGAAGCUGAGCCAGCCUGCAGCAAGACCCUGGGUGUCAUGGGGACUGGUGGUGCAGCAUGCCUGGCACCUUGUGAUGGAUUCCAAUACCUCUUGGCUGCAUCUCAUGCUUUUGAAUGUCCAUGCCCACCCUGCUUGUGCUGGUCUUGAGGUGGGAACUGCCAGCACAGAGCAGCGUUAAGCAAGAACUGUUUAAAACUCUACCAAAAAAUUUCCACCCUUCUGUUGGAAAAAAAUAAUGGUUUUUGGCUUUCAGGGCACAGCAUUGGUGCACCCACAGCUCUGACACACUGUCAUCUUGCAGCGCAGGGGCUUUUAAGUGUCCAACAGUGAGACACUUCCUGCUGCUUUCACAUCCUUGCUGGGGAUGGGGACCCUAUGGCAGAGUGGGAUGCAACAUGCGAGGUUUAGGGCUGCCUCCCAGCUCUGUUAAGUGCUCCGAGAAGGUGUUUCCGUGCAAGGACAGGUGGGUACUGCUCACCUUCCCCAGCCCUGCACCUUCCUGCAUUCCUCCUCCUCCCAUGGCCUCCCUCGGUGCUACCUUUUGUCCACUUCCAGCUUGUUUUACACAAAACAGUUCUGACAAAGCAUUUCAGGGACGUGGGACUGGGUCAGGUCUGUUCUCUGGAGCAGCAGCAGUGCCAUGCCUGCAGGAAUGCCACAGUCCCUCCUGAGAACCAACUGGGACUGAGCUGAAACCACCUGCUUGCCAGAGCCAGCCCAUGCCAGGGCUGCCUUCCCCUGCCCUGCAGCCGCUGCCCCUCCUGCCUGUCCCCCUGCCCGUGCCACCCCCUGCCUGGGCCAGGCACUCCCUCCUCCAUGGUACUUUGCAAAUCACCUCCUGGAUCCCCCGGUUGGUCCUUCCAGUUUGCAUUGGCAUAGCUGCUUGCUUGCCUUUUUCUUUGCUUUUUUUAUUUUUGGGUUUUGUUUCUCCUCCCCAUUCUCCUCCCCUACUGCAGCCCUGAGUGUUGUGGGUUUUUUUCUUCUUCUUCUUUUUUUAUUAUUAUUUUUUUUUCUGCCCAGAAAAACCUGACUUCGAUACCAAAAAAAACAAAACAAAACAAAAAGAAAAAAAAAGAGAAAAAAAAAAAACACCCUGCAGAAACAAAAAAAAAAAAUUUAAAAAAUUACAAAAAAAAAACUCAACGAUUCUUUCAGCUUUAUUAACAUUUUCCAUUGUUUCUUGCGAUUUGUGUCUCGUUCUUUGUAGUAUUGAUGAUAAUGAACAUUUGAUAAUGAAUGUUCUUGUAUAUUCAGAUAAAGGAGAAAAAAAAAACCAAAAACGCAGUCGGAAUUUAAUAGUGUUUAUAAUAAAAGAAUAAAAAAUUACCCUCUUAGCACGCAAAACUGAACAGGGGGAAGGUCCUGUCCCUGUUCUUUCUGUGGCAACAAGCGCUUCAUUCCUGUAUAGUUUAUAACAUCAAACUACCUACAUUCAUCUUCCUUUUUGUUUGUUUGUUUGUUUUUUCCCAUGGUUUGUUUUUUUUUUUCAUUUUCUUGCAUUUGUGAAUUAGUUCAAGAAUGCUAGAAAAGUGUAGAGUUGUGCACACUCAUUUCUUCUUACACAAUGUUUAAAAAGUGACGGUAAUUCAUUUUGUAAAACUUUAAAAAGAAAAAAAUGGUUGGAAUAGUGAGCAUUAAUAGGUACAGUCUAACACUUUAUGUUUCUUAACGUUGAGACCCAGAAAUGACCUUUUAUAUUAUUUUUUUGGCAUUAAUUGGGGGGGGGGGGGCUUUGAUGAUGAUGCUGAGUUUAUUUUGACCUGUCCAAGACGAUGGCCUUGCCACUUCCCCUGCGCUUUUGAGCUGUGACCAGAGUGAUGUGAAAAGUGAUGCUGGUGUUUUUUGGGGGGUGUUCCUCUUCUCCCCACUCGCUUCAACUCCCAGCUCCAGAAUAUCCUUCUGUUGCUGCCCUGGAGCUGAGUGGUGGGAUUAUGUCUGAAGAGAGAUGGAACUCCGAGGAGUUUCAGAGAGGAGACGCAGAGUCAGGUGCUUGAACCCCAGUGGGUCUCCAUGCUCUGGGUGUUGCUGAGCUGCCUGGAAGUGAUGAAAGGUCUUGAAUCCUCCCUAAAAUGUGUAGAUGCCCAUAUGCUCUGCCCUGAAUCCCAGUAUCCCCCUUGGCCCAAAACUGAGGGAUUCAGAGCAAGGAAGGUUCCAGCCUCCUUUUGCCUAUGGACCUUGCUGAGAAUAGGGUCUUGCAGCCUGGCCCUCAACUUUGGCUGCACCAGUGUGCUGAGAAGGGAGAGGGACAAGGAGCAGGGCAAUGCAGUCCCACCCAUGGUGGGACAUGGCCCAAAAGCUCCCACAUACAGCCUGAAAUCUCGGUGGCUGUGGCAUGAGAUUCAAGGAGAAGUGCUAAGGAAGAUGCCAUUUGGCAUCACUUUAGUUUUCUGAAGUUCCCCCACUCCUCCCCAAAAAACCUGAGCUUUUCACAUCACUGAACAGUUUAGGGUUUGGGGUGUUACUUUUAAUCCCAAGGUUUCCUGGAGUCCUUUUGUUUUCAUACACCUUUAUUAUUAUUAUUAUUUUAUUAUUAUUAAGAUGAUAUAAAUCAGACAUUGCCUAGGGGGGUGGUUUUGUCGGUUUGCUUUUCUUGUUCUUGCAAAGCCCUUUCUAUCCCUUGUAAAGAUGAUCCAGUUCAGAGUUGCUUUUUCUUUUCUAUUUUUUUCCCCAUCUUUUUUUUUUUUUUAUUUUCUCUUCCUAAUGGAUUUCAAAUAUUAAAAAAAAGAAAAAAGAAAAACCCUUGAAAAAAAAAAAAGACUCUCUAUUCCGACCUGGUUUUGAAACUUUAAGCUUUUCUGCUUCUGUAAAGAGAAAAAAAAGGCCUCUGUCUUUCUGAUCCCAAUUGAGACUUUUAUGUUCUAUGACGAUACUAACAAGGUGUAGGUUUUACAGUUUCCUGAUUUGUACUGGUAAUGCAUAUUCCAAAUAAAUAGUUUCUUUUGUUGCAAAAAAAAAAAAAAUCAAAAAAAAAAAAAGAAACCAAA